ACCCAGCAGAGGUGGUGGACGAAGGCCAGGAGCUGAAGACUCUUCUCAUUAACUCUGGCUCAAACAUCUGGAGCUGUGAGGAGACCGGCGACCGUCUUGACCCAGCCAGUCACUGCCGCCCUGCAGUGCUACUGUGUGGCCUCUCCACAGCCCGCCUCACGUCUUCAACACUUACUUCAGGAGAAUAAAUGUGUGAACCGGCUGCAAGGAAAAGGUCUGGGACAUGUACCAGAACCCCAACAGAAUGUCCUGGUUCAGUGGUUUCCUAGUUGCCAGAGUAGAUGACCGAAAGACCGCCUGGGGGGAGCGAAAUGGCAAGAAGUCCAAACGGAAGGGAGGCUCAUCUCUCUGCAACCCGCGUUACAUGAGCUGCCUGCGGGAUCCAGAUGCUAUGGAGCCCCCCUGUGGAGCCCCCCUCCAUCAGCACCACCGUGGAGGGGUGGCAGGGGCCGUGGGCGGCGGAGGCAACUUUGGCGUGCGUUGUGGUUGGCAGGAGGAUCACUACGGCAAAAGAGGAGGAACUUCUGGGGAAGGCGUCGGCCUGAAGUCGGUCGCUCUGGGCUUCGAGGACGGCGAGCUGAAGGGGAGGAAAGGCGGGUGCAAAGGAGGGAGCGGGGACGUAGCCAACGAGGGUCCCAACGGCGGAGCAGGGGUGGUAACGGCUGCAGACUGCUGGCUGAGGGUGGUACGGGUUUUCCAGUCCAAAAAAUUCCAGUCCCGGAAACUGGAGCGCCUGUACCAGCGUUACUUCUUUCGGCUGAACCAGAGCUCCCUCACGAUGCUCAUGGGGGUGCUGGUGUUGGUGUGCGGCAUCAUGCUGACCUUCCACUGUGUCCACGCUGCUCCUCACGUGGCCUACUCCUCGGCGCUCUCCGUGGCCAUGGCCCUGUUCCUGGCUCUCAUGGUGAUCUGCAACCGCAACGGCUUCCACCAGGACUACAUGUGGAUGGUCAGCUACCUGGUGAUCGGGGUCCUGGUGUCGGUGCAGGUGUUUGGAGUGAUUAUGGUGGCGCCGAGGAGCGCCUCCGAGGGCAUAUGGUGGUCCGUGUUCUUCAUCUACAUCAUCUACACGCUGCUGCCCGUGAGGAUGAGGGCGGCGGUGCUGAGUGGAGCCGUGCUGUCCGUCAUCCACGUGGUCACCACGUGGCAGAUCAACCAGGAAGACGAGUUCCUCUGGAAACAGGUGAGCGCUAACGUCCUGAUCUUCCUCUGCACCAACAUCAUUGGGAUCUGUACCCACUACCCUGCAGAGGUCUCCCAGAGACAGGCCUUCCAGGAGACCAGGGGCUACAUACAGGCCAGACUGCACCUGCAGAGGGAGAAUCAACAACAGGAACGUCUGUUGCUGUCAGUGUUACCAAGGCAUGUUGCCAUGGAGAUGAAGGCUGACAUCAAUGCCAAGAAGGAAGACAUGAUGUUUCAUAAGAUCUAUAUCCAGAAACAUGACAAUGUCAGUAUUCUGUUUGCAGACAUCGAGGGCUUCACCAGUCUGGCGUCUCAGUGCACGGCUCAGGAGCUGGUCAUGACGCUCAAUGAACUCUUCGCCCGGUUUGACAAGCUGGCCUCAGAAAACCACUGUUUACGUAUUAAGAUUUUGGGGGAUUGUUACUAUUGUGUUUCGGGCCUGCCUGAACCCCGGGCUGACCACGCCCACUGCUGCGUGGAGAUGGGUGUGGACAUGAUAGAGGCCAUCUCGUUGGUGCGUGAGGUCACAGGGGUCAACGUCAACAUGCGUGUGGGCAUUCACAGUGGGCGCGUGCACUGCGGCGUGCUGGGACUCAGGAAAUGGCAGUUUGAUGUGUGGUCAAACGAUGUCACGCUGGCCAAUCACAUGGAGGCAGGAGGCAAAGCAGGACGGAUCCACAUCACAAAGGCCACACUGCAGUAUCUUAACGGCGACUACGAAGUGGAGCCUGGUUUUGGGGGUGAGAGGAACGCCUAUCUCAAGGAGAACAGCAUUGAGACCUUCCUGGUCCUUGGAUGCAGCCAGAAGCGGAAGGAGGAGAAGGCCAUGAUGGCCAAGAUGCAGAGGACGAGAACUAACUCUAACGAGGGGCUCGUGGCACGCUGGGUCCCUGACAGGACCUUCUCCAGGACCAAAGACUCCAAAGUCUUCAGGCAGAUGGGGAUUGAUGAGACGUCCAGUAAAGACAACCGUUGUGUUCAAGAGGCCUUAAAUCCAGAGGACGAGGUGGACGAAUUUCUCGGUCGAGCCAUCGAUGCUCGUAGCAUUGACCAGCUGAGGAAAGAUCACGUCAAGAAGUUCCUGCUCACGUUCCAGACCCCCAGCCUGGAGAAGAAGUAUUCCAAGAAGGUGGACGAUCGUUUUGGAGGCUACGUCGCUUGCACUCUGCUGGUAUUCUGCUUCAUUUCCUUCAUACAGAUCGUCGUCUUUCCUCACACUCCAGUCAUGCUGGGAAUCUACGUCACCAUCUUCUUCAUCCUGGCCAACAUCCUGUUCAUCUGUGCCAUUUACUCCUGCAUUAAGGUCUUCCCAGGUCCGAUGCAGACCGUGUCGAAGAAGAUCGUCCAGUCACGCACCAACAGCACUCUGGUGGGGGUGUUCACCAUCGUCCUCGUCUUCAUCUCUGCUUUUGUUAACAUGUUUUCCUGCGACACUACGAGCCUGGCGGCCUGCGUGGCGUCGCAUCUGAACACCUCAGCCGCUCUGGUGACGCCGUGUCUAAUCCGCAGCUUGAAUGUGUCCAUAGAGGGCGGUCUUGAGAUCUGCCCCAGCCACGGCCCCUCCUGCCCCUUCCCAGAGUAUUUCAGCUACAGCGUGCUGCUGACGCUGCUAGCCUGCUCGGUGUUCCUGCAGAUCAGCAGCAUCGGGAAGCUGGCCCUCAUGCUGCUCAUUCAGCUCAUCUUUCUACUGCUGGUGGAGUGGCCACAAGUAGCACUUUUCGACAACGCCGACCUCUUCGUCACCUCUAAUGCCAUUGAUUUGAACGAAACUAGAACUCACUGGUCCAGUUUUAAUGACACCGCCAUCCAGUGCCCACUAGUCGUGACCAAAGUGUCUCUGAGGGUCAUGACCCCGGUCAUUCUCACCGUCUUUGUCCUGGCACUGUACCUGCACGCCCAGCAGGUGGAGUCCACUGCUCGCCUGGACUUCCUGUGGAAGUUACAGGCCACAGAGGAGAAGGAGGAGAUGGAGGAGCUGCAAGCCUACAACCGUCGACUUCUCCACAACAUCCUGCCUAAAGACGUGGCCGCUCACUUCCUGGCUCGUGAGCGGCGUAACGACGAGCUCUACUACCAGUCCUGUGAGUGCGUGGCCGUCAUGUUCGCCUCCAUCAGCAACUUCUCUGAGUUCUACGUGGAGUUGGAGGCCAACAACGAGGGAGUGGAAUGUCUCCGUCUGCUCAACGAGAUCAUCGCUGACUUCGAUGAGAUCAUCAGCGAAGAGAAGUACAGGCAGCUGGAGAAGAUCAAGACCAUCGGUUCCACCUACAUGGCGGCCUCAGGUCUCAACGAUUCCACCUACGACAAAGAGGGUCGCAGCCAUAUCACAGCGCUGGCCGAUUACGCCAUGAGACUGAGGGAGCAGAUGAAGUACAUCAACGAGCAUUCGUUCAACAACUUUCAGAUGAAGAUCGGUCUGAACAUUGGGCCUGUGGUAGCGGGGGUCAUCGGGGCACGGAAGCCUCAGUACGACAUCUGGGGAAACACGGUCAACGUGGCCAGUCGGAUGGACAGCACGGGUCUGCCGGACCACAUACAGGUGACCGCCGACCUCUGCCGGGUGCUCGCGGGCAAAGGCUACGUACUCGAGUGUCGCGGCGUCGUCAAAGUCAAAGGUAAAGGGGAAAUGACGACCUACUUUCUGAACGACGGACCACCCAACAGUUAGCAGCCACGGCCGCAGCAGCAGAUUCUGGGAGGUUCCUCCCUCCUUCCCUCCCUCCCUCCCUCCUCCCCCCCGGGGGCUGGUCGGAGAACACCCCUGAGUGAGGACUCACGGUGGGAGGCAGUGGCUGAACAGCAGAAAUGCCAUCACUUGAAUCCCAGGCAAAUGAAACGAACCUUUGAAGACUUUAGAAAAUGAAAGAGAGGAAGAUGUUGUGGUUGUGGCUCAGGUGCAGGUUGAAGGACGUGUUUCCCUCAUGUCUAGCCUCUCCCUCAGGCUUCUUGAAAGAUGCAAAGUCUGUUUGUUUGAAAACAAUGCCUUUUAGCCUGUGUCAAAGAAGAUUAUUGCUGUACAUAAGGCUAUUCUUUUAUUUUGACCUUUGUGGGAUGUUUUUUUUUUUUUUUUCCACAUGAUUAUGAAGAGGUACUCAUAUUUCCUUUACGGAUUAACUAUUUAUUUUGAACUCGAUGUUUUGUGCAAAAGGUCCUUUAUGAAAAAGUGUGAACACAUACGUGCACAAAUAUCCAGUUAAUUACACGUUUAUAAGUGUGUAUGUACAUGCAUAUUUGUGUGUGUAUGAAUAUAUGUAUAAACAGAGGAGGAGUAUAUUGA